AUGUCUGAUCGACCAGAAAGUCCUCCAACAGACUGCAAUAACCGGGCGUACGAUCUGUCCAGGUUUAUGAGCUCGUACUCAGGAGGGCCUGAAGGCCUUCAGUUCCCGCACAGCAUGCUCCAGGACCCGAGCCUACUCUUCAACAAGACGCCCUUUAACGGGCUCAACGGUGCUCCGACUCAAAGCUUCUUUUCUUUUCCGCCGGUCGGUGGAGACUUCAGGUCUAACGACGCCCAGGUGGGUGACUUCACCCAGCCCAAACACUGGUACCCCUUCACGGCCCCGGAGUACACCGGGCAGGUGGCUGGGGUCACCAAUGUUACACAGCCCACCAACCUUAGCCCUCCUAUCGCCGAGACCCGCGAGCAAAUCAAGAUGCCCGAGGUGAAGACCGAGAAAGACGAAAAUGAAGACUACGGAGGUUUGGAGACUAAACUUCACCCGCAGUUCCCAGGCCCUGGGAGCUCAGUGCCCGCCGGGGUGUACUACUCCGCUCCGGCACCAUGGGCUCCAGCCUUCUGGACCGGUCUGCCUCACAUCACAGCUCCCAAUAAUGUCGCGCAAGCCCCGCCGACUCCCUCUGCUUCAUCGCCGUCUUUAUCUCCUUCUCCUCCCGGGAACGGGUUCGGUAGUCCCGGCUUUUACAGCGCGGCCGCAGUGCAGCUCCCGGCCGCGACUCAGGCGCAAAACACCGCCCGCAGUAGCGGCUCGUCUAGCGGCGGCUGCAGCGACUCUGAGGAGGAGGAAAACUUGACCACAGAGGAGUUGGAGCAGUUUGCCAAAGAGCUGAAGCACAAGCGCAUCACCUUAGGCUUUACUCAAGCAGAUGUUGGACUUGCUCUUGGAAACCUAUACGGAAAGAUGUUCAGUCAGACGACCAUCUGUCGCUUUGAAGCUUUACAGCUCAGCUUUAAGAACAUGUGCAAGUUAAAGCCUCUGCUUCAGAAAUGGUUAAACGAAGCUGAAACCUCAGAAAACCCUCAAGAUAUGUACAAGGUUGAGCGAGUUUUUGUUGACACGAGGAAGAGAAAACGACGGACCAGCUUAGAGGGUUCGGUUCGCACCGCUCUGGAGUCCUACUUUCUCAAGUGCCCUAAGCCCAACACGCUGGAAAUAACUCACAUAUCCGACGACCUCGGUUUGGAGAGAGACGUGGUUCGUGUGUGGUUCUGUAACCGCAGACAGAAAGGCAAGCGCCUGGCUCUGCCGUUCGACGAGGAGGGCAUAGAGGGUCAAUACUACGAACAAAGCCAGACACCGCCUCAGCCCAUGGGUGGUGUGACCCAUCCAGGUCAGGUGUACCCGGGAGUGGCUCAUGCAGGUGGCAUGCCGACACUGUAUGUGCCGCAGCUUCACAGACCGGAUGUCUUCAAACAAGCCUUGCAUCCUGGACUAGUGGGUCACCUGUCCAGCUAAUCUGACUGAAUCUAGGUUUUACCCUUUCAUCUUACACAGGGUAUGGGGCAAUACGUCAAGUGAAGCUGCUGGUACUCGAAGUUACAGUCUGCUUCUGCUUUUACUCUUUUUACUUUUUUUUUUUUUCUUCUUCUUUUUCCAAUGUUGCUUCCAACGUGCUUUGCUGGUCUAGAAGAUGCAAAGUCGGUGAAAUCUGAGCGUUUUAUUUCAGAAAUGAACACUACAGGGAAGCUUGGUUUCCCAGUCUGCGUGUCUUGGAAUGUGAACUGCUUGGUUAUGAGAUACAUUUGCACAAGUCAUGGUUUUAAAGCAUGAGUUUACAAAAGAUUUUUAAUGUUUUAAUGUUUCCUUCAGACUGUAUAUAAUCCUUUCAUCUCUAUUUUUUGUAAUAUGAGCAAAUAUGCAGUAUUUUAAAUAUUUUGGAAUGGUUUGGAUGAACUUUGAGAUUGUCAGCUUGCUUACAUUCAGAUUUUCUGAAUAAUGGUGAUUAAAUGAAUAGCAGUGACACUUUUGGGGGUGGGGGGCUGUUAAAAGUAGUCAUCCGAGGGCAUCGAAUACUGUUCUUUCAUGGCCUACUGAUACAUGUGUAAAUUCAAAGUGCCCAUAAAACCCACACUAGCCAAUUUUAGUUUUUUAUGUUAAAUGCCCACCUUAAAAUCUUCAGCUGAGAUAAUGUGCCUUAUUUGUUGAUCACGUGCAUUCUUAUACAACACUGUAAAUCUUGUCAAAUUUUGAUAAUUUAUUGGAAUGUUGCUGUGAUCGAUGACCUGCGUUUCCCUUAGUUGAAUGUUAGCAAUUAAACCACUGUUCC